AUGUUGAGGCCUCCCAAGAUGCUGCUUCAUGCAAAGGCCGAUCGGAUCCCACCUGGAGGCAACGUUCUGCCUGCCGACCUGGCAGCUGGUCCUCACAAAACCCUGGGAAAAGCGCAGUUCUCGGAUGUCAUCGCUGGAGACCCAGAUGCAGACAAGCUCCGUGCGGCACUGGAGGCCUCCCAGUUCUGGAUCGUCGGCAAGAGCUGGGAACUCUCCAUGACCGCCAACUCUAUGAGGCAAGAUCCUGUGACCUAUGCCUUCACUGGAGGGGGCCACGGCUUUUUGACGCUGACAGUGCCAGGAGGUGUGGUGGAUGAGGUUCUGUAUGCCACGGACACGGUGAAAUCCUUGGCCAAUGAGAGUGGCUUUGAGUACCGUGGCAAGGAUGCUGUGGUGACAGACCACGAUGUGAUCCUGACGAACUUGUGCCUUAGGCCUAAGACCUGCGGAUCCUUCAAGGAAUGUCUGCCCAUUAGCGACUUCAAACCCGUGGAGGAUCCAGAAACUCCGGGAAACACUCGCGAGGAUUGCUGCAUCCCUUUGAUGUGCAAAGACACGCAGCCUUGCAACAGCACCAAAUAUGUGAAGUCCAAAGAUUGGGAGACGUUGCCAGGAAGCACUGAAGAGCGCUGCUGCACCCCCCAGCCUUGCACCGAAGAGGUGUGCAAAGGUGGCUGGAAACCAAAACUUGGCUCAGGGCUUUUGGGCAGCACCCCUGCAGAGUGUUGCGAGCCGCGGCUCUGCACUGAAUAUCUUUGUUCAGAGACCACGACUCGCGGUCGUCGCAUUGGGCUUCAAUAUGAAAAACUGCAGGGUUUUUCUGAUGAAGAAUGCUGCGAAGACAAGAGCUGCAAAAGCUUCAAUUGCACCAGCAGCCCCUAUUGGUCAGACAAGGAAAAGAAGGGAGAGCUGAGAGGGAGCACCUUUUUGGAGUGCUGUGAGACCUUAUAUUGCGAGGAUUUCACCUGCAGUCCAACGACACAGUGGUCGAAUCUCAGUGCCCUUUUGCCCAAUGGCGAAAAGCGUCGAGGCUUUGCCAGCGAACUUUGCUGUGAGAAGCUGACCUGCGAGGCUUUCAAUUGCAGCAGCCCAAAGUUGAAGAAGAAACCUGGGGAAGAGCGGCUGGGCAGUACUGAUGAGGAGUGCUGCGAACCCAGGCUCUGCGAGCAGUAUACCUGCAGCAGUGCCACGAAAUGGGUUCACAAGGCCGACGUUGACACCAAGAAGCACUCCCAAGCUGGAUGGAGUGAUGAGGAGUGUUGUGAUAAAGUGAUGUGCUCUGCUUACAGCUGCAGUCCCGCGACCAUGUGGAAACCCUUGAAUGCUUCCUACCGGGAGACAGCGGCAGGGAGCACCAAUGAGGAGUGCUGUGAACCUCGCUUCUGUGCAGAUUAUACCUGCAGUGGUGAUGCUGAUGGUGAUGGUGAAAGCAGCAAGUACUACAAGAAGGUGGACACCAACCACUUCAAGAACAAGGGCAGUACCGACGAAGAGUGUUGUGUUGCCCGGUCUUGUAGCCAGUACACAACAGAGUUUCCAAGCAAGUUCAAGCGAAAAGAAGACAAAGAUCUGCUGGGGAGCACCGAUGCGGAAUGCUACGAUCCAGUUUGGUGCAAGGACUACUGUUGCAAGGACCGCUCCAAGGUACGCAAGUCCGAUGCGGAUCGCAUCCAGGGAAGUAGCGACGAGGUGCUGCACGGCCUGAUGUCAGCGGGAAAAUUCGUCGCCUGUCCAAGCUGGGCCAACCCCAGAGGAUCUGAUCCUCGAUGGGUCAGAAUCCAUGGGGAACCGCCCCGGUGUCGGAUCCUGCCCGGGCCCGGCAGCCACAGCACGCUGCGCUUCGCAGUGGCACCGCUGGGCUGCGCAUCGUUGAGGAAGCGGAAGCUGCCAAAGUGUUGCCAGCCUGCGAUGUCCAACACGGAUGUGCAGAAGCUGGAUGCAGCAAAAGAGAUCUUCGCACAUGCUUGGUAUCCCGUUUGCCUCACCAACGUCACGGAUAUGACCAAGCCACACCACCUUCGGAUAUGCAACGUGCCCGUAGUGUUCUGGCACGACGGCGAUGCGUGGCAUGCUGCGGUGGAUGAAUGCCCGCAUCGCCGGGUCAGGCUGUCUGAGGGCCGAUUGGAAGGAUCAGAGCUGCAGUGCCCCUAUCAUGGCUGGACUUUCGAUGGAAGAGGCAGAUGUACACGGAUUCCACAAGCUGAGCCAGCAGAGGGCCCCACGGACCCACGCGACUCUCCACGCGCGCAGCUGUCGAUGCUGCCUGUUGAGGAGAGGAAUGGGCUUCUGUUCCUUUGGGCCGCGGGGCUCUAUGACGUCUUGUCGCCGCCAGAUCUUCAGAUGUUGGAUGAGCUGACCCAUCAGGACAUCUUUGGUAUUGAGGGGGUGAAAUAUGUGGACUAUUCCCGUGAUCUCUUCAUGGAUUUGCCCAUCUUGAUUGAGAAUGUGCUAGAUCCUGCGCACUUGCCGUUCACCCAUCACGACACCAUCAGCAAAAGGGACAAAGCAACGGCAGUUCCAAUCCAGAUUACCUCCAGACACCGACGGGGCUUUACAGGUCGGAGACAGACCUCUGCUCCCGGCGUGGUCACAUACCAGGCGCCAAAUCAUGUCUGGGCUUUGACCGAUAGAAAGGACUCCUACCGUGAUUGGAAUAUCGUGUAUGCUACACCAAUCAGCCCGGGCCGGAGUCGCAUCUUUGUACGAGUGGUCUUCGAAGUUGCUAGGAUUCCGAUGCCCUUGCAGCAGAUCUUUCAAGUGGCAUUUUCUCCACAUUUUCCACCCGUCUUCACACAUUUGUCCAAUCACAAAGUGCUGGAAGAUGACAACAUCUUCCUACACCACCAGGGGCAAACCAUGUCACCAGGUGGCAAGCAGGACGCUUUGUGGUCGAAGCGCUUCUACACCCCGACAAACUCGGAUGCCGCAGUGCUCUGCUACCAUCGCUGGCUUCAAGAGAUGGGCGGUGCGGUGUGCUGGGCGCGACCAGGUCGACAAGAGGAGCCCAAGAGUAGGGAGGAGCUGGUGGAACGCUUGCGAUCGCAUACGCAACACUGUGAAAGCUGCUCACAGGCUUUGAGCUUGUCAAAAGAUUUGCAACGCUUGGGAGAGCUGUUGGUGAUCCUUGGGCUUUUAACGUCAUCUCUUUUGGAGCUGAAGUGGUCCAGUGCGGUCCUAACGAUUCUGGCUGCUGUUGUGGUUGGUUUGUCCAGGGAGCUGGAGAAGCAACUGACCAUGGGUGACUAUCCACCACCUCGAAAUCGAUGACUCAGAGACCCAAGCCUUCUGCCAGGAUGGGUCGCAGCAAUCAUUUUGACACAUACUCUCUAGACAUAUGGGGGUUUCCAUAAAUGGCCUUACCCC